AUGAGGGCCUCUCUAUCAGCCCGUGAUCAACAGGUGGGUGGUACAGAAUCUCAUGAGCGCGAAGAUCGCAUGAGUAACGCUGCAAGCUACUCCGUCUUUCGGAAUUGUCAACGGCGUAUACUGCGACCGGAACACAGUGGUGGUACUCAACCGUUCACAUCGCGACGGCUAUGGCUUGGGUUCAUAGUUGGUUUGCAGCAGAUCGUAGUCCAGGUGGCUGCCAACAUUGCUUACUUGGUAACUGGCGGCCAGGCGCUCAAGAGGUUCGGGGAUCUUGUUCUGAGUCGCGAGAUUCAGUACGGGAAGUUUGAGCUUGCUGUGGCAUGGAUAUCCGCGUUUGCUGGAGUUCAGGCGGUACUGUCGUUGUUUGCCAGUUUGUCGUCCAUGACAAUCGUCUCUCUGGUGGCCGCCAUCAUGUCUUUCAGCUACUCGACUAUAAUUUGGGCAAUAGCUAUACGGCUUAAGAGUUCGCAAGUAUCGUAUGGCUACUGCAACUGGAGAUACUACAGAGCCUCUAAUGCACUCGGAGAGAUUGCGUUUGCCUACGGAGGCCACAACGUUGCUCUCGAGAUCCAAGCGACGAUGAGAUCGACGAGGCACAAGCCGUCCAAGCUACCAAUGUGGAAUGGAGUUUUGGUGGCCUAUGUCAUGGUUGCCGUUUGCUAUUUCCCAGUCGCUGGAGUUGGCUACUGGGCUCUCGGCAACUUGACUUGCUACGAAAACGUUCUGGACGUCCUAGACAAACCAAAGUGGCUGAUAGGAACAGCCAACUUGAUGCUUAUGCUGCAUCUCACAGGGAGUUACCAGGUUUUUGCUUUGCCGAUUUAUGAUGCUCUCACUUGCUGGCUGGAGCAAAAGAAACUGCCAAAAGAAAGGGAGCGUUGUUCUUCUUGGUGAAUUUCCACAAGCUUGAGCUGCCAGGAUUUACGUGUUGGUUGCGGUGAUCAUACCUUCGUUUGGAGGGCAUCUGGGAUUAUUCGGUGGGCUCGCUCUUGGACC